AUGCUUACCAGAGUUCUAAGACACAGGGCCACUUUGCCUUUGGCAAUUGGGUCAGUGGCAGCUGUCGCUGCCUUUUACAACUUGAGCACCGUGAAGAACGAACCUUUGAAUACUUUCAACGGUGACGGAAGUUGGAUUGAGCUUCCUAUCAGCAAGAUCGAAAAGGUCUCUCACGACACCCGUCGCUACACGUUCAACCUUCCUGAAGCUGACCAGACCACCGGGCUAAUCACAGCUUCUGCGUUGUUGGCCAAGCUGGAAACCGCUAAAGGUAACAGUGUCAUCAGACCUUACACUCCAGUAAGCGACGUCAGCACCAAGGGCCACUUCGAAUUGGUCAUUAAACACUACGACGGUGGUAAGUUCACAGAGCUUUUGUACGCCAAAAAACCACAAGACACUGUUGCGUUCAAGGGCCCCAUCAAAAAAUGGGAAUGGAAACCAAACUCUUUCAAAAACAUCACCUUGUUGGGAGCCGGCUCUGGUAUCACUCCGCUAUACCAAUUGGUGCACCACAUCUCGCAGAACCCAGAGGACAAGACUAAGAUCAACUUGCUGUACGGUAACAAGACCCCAGACGACAUUUUGCUAAAGAAGGAAUUGGACGAAAUCGUGGCCAAGUACCCAGAACAAGUCAAGAUCCACUACUUCGUUGACAAGGCAGACGGCGGUUUCGAGGGUAACACCGGGUUCAUCACUCGUGAAUACUUGGAAAAGAAUGUUCCUGGCCCAGCUGACGACCACCAGGUCUUCUUGUGCGGCCCUCCACCUUUCAUGAAGGCUUAUUCGGGACCUAAGACUUCCCCUCAGGAUCAGGGUGAAUUGGUCGGCAUUCUCAAGGAUUUGGGACACACCAAAGAACGUGUCUUCAAGUUCUAA